UCGAAGCAUGGUUAGGUUUGAUGGUGGCACGGCGGUCCGUGCUUCGCCAUCACCUGACAUCAUGUGAAUGAAUCAGUACAACAGCAAAACGAAUAGACUUUGGGUCGAAGCGCUCAGCUCUGUCUGGCGCCUUCUGCAGCAGCGGAAUACAGAUAAAGGCAGUGAAACAAAUGAACUGGCAAGCGCUAGACAAAUUAAAGCUUUUAUAAAGUUAGUAGGAACAAUAAAGUGUUGUAAAACAUUAUUUUUUUUAGAGAGCUACUGCACCCUUCAUAGGCAAACUGUCUCCUUUAAAACAAGUAGAAUAAAAUAAAUAUUUUGGAUAAUGAAAAAGAGCAAGUAGACCUCCAACAAUAACACUCUUAAUUUUUGUUUUUUUAUGUUGAAUGAACCCUCUGAUUUGCAGCUCAGGCCGCCAACAGUAAUUGGACAAUUCCACACUCUUUUUUUUGGCUCAAUUCGAAUGUUUUUUCUUGGUGUUUUGGGCUUUGCUGUUUAUGGAAAUGAGGCCUUGCAUUUCAGCUGCGACCCAGACAAGAGAGAGGUUAAUCUUUUUUGUUACAACCAGUUCAGACCUAUAACUCCUCAGGUAUUCUGGGCAUUGCAGCUGGUGAUUGUACUGGUACCUGGAGCCUUUUUUCACCUUUACGCUGCUUGUAAGAGCAUCAAACAGGAAGAUAUUCUCCAAAAGUCAUCCUACACUGGUUUUUAUAUCUUUUCUGUUUUCUUAAGGAUUGUCCUUGAAGUUGUGGCUUUUUGGCUUCAGAUUCAGCUCUUUGGUUUCAAAGUGAACGCAAUCUACAUGUGUGAUGUGGGAGCACUUGAAAAAAAGUUUAACAUUACCCGGUGCAUGGUGCCAGAGCACUUUGAAAAGACAAUCUUUCUUAUUGCGAUGUACACAUUUACCGUGAUUACAGUGAUCUUGUGCGUUGCUGAAAUUUUUGAGAUCUCAUGUAGAAGGCUAGGUUUCUUAAAAAAUCAGUGAUGUCAACCAUUCACACUCAUUUACUGCUCUGUCCACCUGCAGUUUUGUAACAAUUAUUUCAAACCACAGCAAAAAGCAUCUCCUGUCCUCUAUGCAGUGCUGCAGAAGAGAACCAUGCUCAUGAUUACUGAGGCAGAAUAGUCACUUGACAUAAACUGAGGAGUCUAAACACUUGCACACUAUGAAAAUAAUCUUUGUUUCCAUGUCAAGGUCAAAGGCACUCAGAUCUCCAAGAGCAAUGUAUUUUCAUGACCUGCCACCUAUGAUAGUUCUGCCUCUAGAGGAGUGUCUAUGUGUGAGGAGGUUAUUUAUAAACAUACUUCUAUUCACAGCUUUUCUGAACACAUGCCAUAGGAGUUAAUAAGGUCAUUGCCCUUCCAGGAAAAAAUAUUGCAAAUUUCUUACAUGUUCUUAUGGCUUGAGAAUUGAACAAUAAUAGUGGAUACUCUCUGGGUAACAGAAAGCAUUCCAGCAUCUUCCCAAGAAGUGCCACUGAGAUGCAACCUGCCCCCAGGGGCAGAGACUCCUGGUUAGGCUGGGGUGACAACAUAUCCAUAGAUACCAGCUUUGCAGAGGCUCAGCUACUGUCACCUGCUGGCUCAGAUUCUCCUUUUAAAAGUGAAAGAAUAGCAUUUUAAAAUAGGUAUUUUUGUGCUGACCACAGCGCCUCAUUAUGUUUUGGCUUAGCAUGUAGGAGAUUUUUACCAAUUCAAUAUGAUCUCAUUUUGAAGGAAGAAAAGGGCUUUUUAACAAUUUUGCAUAAGCAGCUUAAAAGUGUCAAAAUAAAAUCUUGGAGAAAAGCCUUUCCUAGGCCCAAUCAUGAUUUGAUUUCAAUGCGCUUUGCUUGUGUGUGACUGCAGAAUUGGGCCCACAAAAUUUUCUGCUGCUUGUGUCACAUCUAAAUUUUCCUUGCUCUGACUAAAGCUGCUAGAGUAACAGUGAAAAGAGAACUCUGCAUAUUAAAAUUAUUCUAUGCAGUAAGUGGUUUUGGUUAGAUUAGGUCUCAGACUAUAUAGGCAUCAGAUGUUUUUGUGUGCAACAGCUUAUUCUUAAGGGCUAAUAAACAUUAAAUUUAGAAGUGAUUUCCUUGUGCUGAAGUGAGAUAAAGGAAAUAAAACAGAUUUCAGAAUCAGAAAGGAGGAGGUAGUUUCCUGUAUAAUAUAUAUAUAAAUAAAUAGAAAUAAUAACAAUCAGAUAUUUUCCAUUUGUUUUCCAAACAUAAAAAGUUGAGAUCCUGAUGACAGAAUUCAAAAAUAUUUAGAAAAUUCCAGAAAAAAUUCUUACCAAAUGUUUUACCAUCAAGUGUUAGUGAAUAAGUCCCAAACACAGAUAAAUUAUCAGCCUUGUAAUUCUCACCCACAAAAGUAAACCUCCUAAAUAAAUGGAAUAACAAGU